GGGCGAUCGCGGCGCGCUGAAGCCCGGGGGCGACCGGGGUGACCCCGGGCCCGGAGAUGUCCCGGGGAUGUGCCGGCUCCGGCUGGGGGCCAGGACGGGUGUCCCGGGGGUGUCCCGGGGUCCGGGGGUGUCCCGGCGCCCGGGGGGCUCCCGGGGCGGCAGCGCAGCGGUGCGGGAGCCCCCGGGCGCUGCCCCGCUCCCGUUAACGAUUCCCCGCAGCAGCGGCCGCAGCAGAGCCCCGGGACCGGGACACAGCCCGGGGCAGAGCCCGCAGCACGGCGAGCUCCAGGCGGCAGCACCGGGACGAGCCCCGGGCCGGAGGAUGGACACGGACGGGGCGGAGCCGCCCCCGUUCCUAUCGGGAGGUCCCGCGGCCCUUCCGCGAUGGUUGCCCCGGGGCUCCGCUAAUUAAUCAUUAACAGCGGCGAGCGGGCACGGCCAAGGUCGGUUCCUUUCCCAGUCCCGGUGCCGGUGCCGGUGCCGAGGAUGUGGCUGUGCGUGGCGGCGGUGCUGGCGGGGCUGCUCCUGCUGCGGCGCUGGCACCGGGAGCGGCAGACGGUGCCGGGGCUCCGGGAGAAGCACGUGCUGAUCACGGGCUGCGACAGCGGCUUCGGGAACCUGCUGGCGCGGCAGCUGGACGGGCGCGGGCUGCGGGUCCUGGCCGCCUGCCUGACCGAGGCCGGGGCGGCGCGGCUGCGGGCGGCCACCUCGCCGCGGCUCCAGACCGUCCUGCUGGACGUCACCUCCAGCCAGAGCAUCGCCGCCGCCAGCGCCUGGGUGCGGGAGCGCGUGGGUGACCGAGGGCUCUGGGGGCUGGUGAACAACGCAGGCAUCGCCAUCCCCACUGCCCCGAACGAGUGGCUGAGCAAGGACGACUUCAUGAAGGUGCUGGAUGUCAACCUGGUGGGGCUGGUGGAGGUGACCCUGAGCCUCCUGCCGCUGGUGCGGCGGGCGCGGGGCCGCGUGGUCAACGUGGCCAGUGUGAUGGGCCGCGUCUCCUUUUUCGGCGGCGGGUACUGCAUCUCCAAGUUCGGCGUGGAGGCCUUCUCCGACAGCCUCAGGCUUGAGAUGCGCAACUUCGGGGUGAAGGUCAGUGUGAUCGAGCCAGGCUACUUCAACACGAUGAUCACCAACGUCGAGAACCUGGAGAGAAAUUUUCUUUCUACCUGGGAGAAGCUUCCAGAGGAAAUCAAAACAAGUUAUGGGGAGAGUUACUUGAAACAGCUUGUGGCAUCACUGAAGAUAAUGCAGAAGAGCUACAACUGCGACCUGUCUCUGGUCACGGACUGCAUGGAGCACGCACUGACCAGCCUCCACCCCCGCGCCCGCUACUCCGCCGGCUGGGACGCCAAGCUGCUCUACAUCCCCCUCAGCUACCUGCCCUCGGCCCUCACGGACAUUGUGUUCACCUUGUUCUUCUCCAAAUCCGUGGUGAAAGCCUAAGGCAGGGAUGCCAGGCUGAGGCACUGCGAUGCCUAAGCCAGGGGCUGGUGACGUGUGGGGGGAUCUGGCGGCGCAAGGUGAGAUCCGACAUCGCCCGAGGCCAUGCUGAGGUCCCCGAGUUUGUUCCCUGCCCACAGACGGCUUUGUCCUGAAUAAAGACCCCCCCAUUACA